UAACACAUGGUAGACAAACAUCAGACGCAAGAACUCGAAGAACUGAAGAGUUUCGACCGACUUCUUCCCCGCUUUUCGACCGUCUGUGAUCGCAUUUGCACAAAUUCCUUUCGCAGUUACAUUAAGCUACCCCUUGAGUGAACGAAAUCGCAGUUUAGAUUUUGUCCGAAAAUGCCCAGGGGAAAGAAGCGUGCCAUCAACACAACCAGAAUUCCAUCUCCUCCUCCGAAGAGAGGAAGAAGUUCUCAAGUCUCUCGCCGCGCAAGUCGAAAUGAGCCUGCCUCUGAAGUCUUCAGCCAUAGAGUUUGUCUCAAGUGGUUUCAGGAGUACAGUCAAAAUGAUGAUCCGAAUAUCUUAGGUCCGGAGGGGAUGGAAAAAUUUUGCAAAGACAUCAAUGUGAAACCAGAGGAUAUUGUGAUGCUCGUGCUGGCAUGGAAAAUGAGGGCCAAACAGAUGGGCUACUUCACUCAAGAAGAAUGGCUCUUAGGAAUGACUGAACUAAACUGUGACUCCAUUGGGAAGCUGUGUUACAAGAUUGAUUUCUUGCGGAAUCUCCUGAAAGACAGUAAUACUUUCAAAAGUAUUUAUCGCUACGCCUUUGAAUUUGCCAAGGACAAAGAUCAAAGAAGCAUGGAAAUUGAAACGGCCAAGGCGAUGCUGCAGCUGCUCUUGGCUAACCAGUGGAGCCUCUUCCCUCAGUUCCAGCAGUUUCUUGAUGAGUCAAAGUACAAAGUUAUCAAUAAGGAUCAGUGGGCCAACAUUCUUGAAUUCACUCGCUUCAUUCACGAUGAUCUCUCUAAUUACGACUUUGAUGGAGCUUGGCCUGUCCUCCUGGAUGAAUUUGUGGAGUGGUUGAGCAAAGACAAUAAUCUACACCAGUCUGAAGUGUGAACCAGUUUCGAGCCGGAUAAGAUCUUUGAGUACAGAGUUCCUGCAGCAACCAUUUUCCCUCAAAAUCUAUUUUGAGUUUGAAAUAUUAUCAGUAUUUAUUAAGUUCCAAACCUCCCGCCAAGUCAUUUUCUCAAGACAACAGUUCCGUUUAGUACGUCACAAAGAAGGAGACAAUCCUUAACGUCUGCAACUCCGACAUGAUAUUUAAUCAACUUAGUGUUACACUGUGUUCCCUCAGCGCGGCAGGGACGGCUGGUUUAAAUCCACUCAGUGGAGGAUGAAGCAUGAACAACUUUCCCACAGGAAUUUAUCUUAAUGUGUAUAAAAAAAGAGUGAAUAAAAUUAAGUCAUAACUAUUUAUUAAAAAAAUCAUUUGCAGUA